AUGCAACCAACAUAUUUGUAUACAUCUGAUUUUGAUAGAGAAAUUCGAUGGCGUUCAAGAUUUUCUACGGGAAUACCAAUUCUAUUAGGAAUUUUACAAAUGUUAUUAACAUUUGCUAUUAUUGGUCUUGAAAUAGUAUCAGUUGUUAUAUCACCUAUUCUUGGUACACUUUAUGCUGGAUUUUGGUCUUCAGUCAUUUUUAUGUUGUCAUGGGUAUCUAUGCUUGGAUUAGUUUGCUGCCAUCGUGCUCGUAAAUGGGCAUCAUAUAUGUUUUUUAUAUCAAUACUUUGUGCGGCUGCUGCUAUAGCUCUAAUUGUUUUGGAUGCAUUAUUUAUUGGAAAUAUCGAUAAAUGUUUUUUUUCAAAUGUUAUUUGUAAUGAAUUAAUAUUAUCCUUUUCUCCAGUAUUAUUUAGUCAACCACUUGGAAGAAAAGUUCAAAUUUUAAAAGUACAAUUAGCAUGUGCUGUAUUGAUGUUAGUAACAGCUAUUUUAUAUAUGUUAGUUUUUAUUUCUGCAAGUAUGUCUGUUCGACGCAGUACUAGUCGUAUACUUAUUGAACAUCAUCAAUUACCAGUACAACUUGUUCGACAAACUGAUAGAUAUUCACCAACGUCACAAUCAUGGAAAACACCUUCGGUACCUGUUACUUAUCAGCCAAAUCGAAUAGAAUGUCCUCAUUGUGGAACAUCGAUUAAAUUAACACAAAAGAAACGAUAUACUUAA